GCGACGGAUACUUACGUGUCGCAGGCGCAAUGGCGUGCAUCAUGGCGGCUGCUAGUCUGCGGACGGUAACAGAAGCGCUGAAGGAACUGUUGGUGCCAGCGGAAGUGACUGUCGUGUCGCAGGCCAGCCGUGAGGAUGUCCUCCUGCAGACUCUGUCACGUAAUCUCUGUGCUUAUCGGGAGAAGUUGCUGCACGAUACAGGCAGGCUGGCUUUGGGGGAGCUGAGGACUUGUGUAGUGACCCAGUUAGCUUGGCCUCUGAGCUCUGACGAUAUCGUGUGGAGUUUUGUUGCUGAACUACUAUUGCUCCUCCUGUGUUUGAAGCAGGCAAUGAUUGAUGCAUUAGCACAAUUCACACCCCCAAAACCGAACCCCAAGAGCCCUGAGUGUGCACCACCACUGUCACCUGAUACUCUGAGUAUAUCACAGCAGAAAACAGUACAGACUGCGCUACAGUUUGUCGUCAGUCUCGGGAUCUGCCCAUACCUACUACCAGGGGUGGGAAUCCCCCUUGGCUGCAGGUCAGAGUUUGCAGCCACAGUUGAAAAGCUGAUUCGUGACUCAGUGCCUGCUGAUGGGAGCUGGCGACUGUACACCAUCACCCAUUUGCUCCUCACCAUUGCUGAGCAUCCGUCCCUGGAAAGCCUUGUGUUCAGCAGGCACCUGGGAGAUCUGAUAGCCAGUCUGUGCCAGCUGGGUUAUUCGCCAAAUAAAGGUCAGCACAAGUCGGUGUUAGAGAAAGGUUCACCAGGACACUGUGCAUCUCAAAAGGGCCUCACUCAGGCUGAGCAGCAGGGAUGUCAGGAAGCUCUACAGAGGAUUUUGGAUAGAGUAUAUCAGCCGAAUGCCAUCAAGGAACUGCUGAUUCUUCAGGGAGGAUCUAAGCAGGUGGUCAAGGUAAGAGGAAGCACCACACAAACUGUCCCUCAAACUCCAGCCUGGCUGCGACGCCUCUGUGGCCAGUUCUUGUCCCAGGCCCUGAUGAAGCCUCAUGGUGUGCAAGCUGUGGUGCGGGGGAUCGUAGAAGGAGCUGGCGCUGGAGUGGCCGGAGGUCAGAGUGCGGAGGCUGCAGCUGCUGAUUGGAGGAAAUGUGAUACUGUAGCCAGGAUACUAGCUUCAUGUCCUCAGCAAUGUUUGUCUGUUGAAGAUUACUACCACCAGGUGUGCCCUCAGGUUCUCGAACUGCUUCACAUCAAGACCACACUGACAGCUCGACAGUUCCAGCGGGUAGCUACCACUACCCUCCUCUCAAUGGUGAAGGAACAACCAGAUCUGGCAGACAGGCACCUGCUGGGACCUUUACUUGCUCCGCUCUUCACCUGUUUGAGGACUGGAGGAAUGGCAUAUGAGUCAAUGCCGGUGGAAAAGGUGAAGGUGGAUGAACAGGAGCUGACCAGGUGUAUAGAGGAUGUGUACAAGGUGUGUGUCGUUGGAAAUGAACCUCUCCCCCGAUUGAUGGAGUCUCUACAGACAGUGAUUCCUGCAGUCUUUAACCUUUACUGCUUCACCAAGCAAGGGGUGUCUCAUUUACGGUCUACUUGCCAGGAAAUUCUUCAGUGGUUCUUUGGGAAAUCAGAGACACGGGUAGCUCUACUGAUGUUGAAGCAGCUUGCGGGCCUGUCACCAUCAAUUCCGGUCCUGCAGCCACUAUACCAGUUCUCAGCAGGCAGUGAGGGAGGUGUGAAACUCGUUACAAAGGGAACCGUAAGCGAUGAAGAUGAUGCCCUGUACGGGAAGGUUUGCUGGGACCAGUGGCGGGCAGAGAGUCUAGCUGAUCUGCUGAGCAGCCUGCAGGAGAGCAGCAUCGCUGGAGAUUUCUUCAUCGAUUGUCUGAAGGGCCUGGUGAAUGCAGCAGGAGAGGCUGAUAGCAGGUUGGUACCAGGCCACACUAGUGACUCAUGUGAUCUGAAGUGUCAGCAGCAGCUUCUGAUCACGGUGCAGCUUGUCGCUGUUAUGUGCGAGAGAAUCGGCCACUCAGUCCUUCACAACACUUUGCAGGUCAUUGAGUUUAUCACCGCUACGUUGGAGCGUUCCUGCGUGAGCCUGGUACAUCGAGCCGAGGAGACAGUGGAAGCACAGACACUGAGUAUGGGCAUGGGACUGAUAGCAGCAAUACUUGGAGGGGCCGUCCAGCUGACCUCAUCGGACUUUGUUGCAAUGAGACCGAUGUUGCCUCUCCUCAAGCAGCUCUCAGCGUUACAUCCUGAUCCUGUGAUACAAGAGCUGGCGUCAGACCUGCGUGUUACCAUUGCCACCCAUGGAGCUUUCUCCAGUGAAACGGUUUCCAAAGCUGCUCACAGUACCAUGGGCAAUAAAACUGAGUCAAUGCGUGGUAUACAAACAGUGGAGGCCAGUGCAGUGACCAAAAGCCAAGACAGGAACUGUGCCUCCAAUGACUUCCAGCAGAUUCUUGAGGCAGCCUUUGACACUGAAGUGUCUGCACGUGCAGCUGCUCUAAGAACACUCACUCAGAUGGUCCGGCAGCACCACUCCGAAGCCCUUAGUAACCAAGGAAAGGUUCUGAUGGUGUUUCUGGAAAACCUGAGCCAUGAAGACUCGUUUGUUUAUUUGUCUGCGAUCCAAGGUAUGUCAGUGCUGUCGGAUGUGUACCCAGCCCGAAUUCUGCCACAGUUACUCAGAGAAUAUCAAACAUCUCCAGACGAAAGUGAGAAACUGCGCUCUGUGGAGACGCGGAUGAAGAUCGGAGAGGUGCUGAUGCGCUGUACAAGAGCACUAGGUGAAAUGGCUUCACACUACCGUGACCAGCUGAUCCAUGUGUUUUUGAUGGGAUCACGUGAUCCAGAUAAAUUAUUACGAGCCAGUAGCCUGUCAAACCUGGGAGAGCUCUGUGCCUGCCUGGACUUUGCUUUAGGAUCAGUGAUUCAUGAGGUGUCAACAUGCCUUUCUGCCGUCGUUAAGACAGAAUGUGAAGCUGAGGUACGUCGGGCUGCAAUUCACGUUAUCACGCUCCUGCUCCGGGGACUUUGUGACAAGUCUCUUCAGGUCCUGGGUGACGUCUUGCGUGACCUCUACCGCUUGCUGAAGUUUUCAGUGCAGAGGGACGUGGAUGAGGUGGUACGACUGCAUGCACAGUUGGCACUGGAAGAAUUGGAUCUUGUUGUUAGAAGGGCUCUGUUUCCAGAGGAGAAACUUGAGAAAGAAAUCACCGUCCUUCCCUAACCAAAAAUUCCAGAAUGCUGUUGUCAGCUGACUUGCACCAUUCCUAGUGCAGAGACUGACGCAACUGCUGUAUUUAACCUGUUACUCGUGACUGAUUCUGCCUGGCAUGCAUCAGGUUACUUCUUGGUUGCAACAGAUUUCACAGACCCCACACUGUCGAGACUCACUGGGUUAACCCCACCCCCUCUCUUCCGGUUCAGCAGACUCACUGCAAAGUUCUUUGGGAUGAGUGUGUGUGGAAAUAUCAGUUCAGUGCUAGCAGGGCUGCAGGAACCAAGACUGGGGAUGGGAAGUUGGAAACCUGUGAUUGUACUGUGGGGAAGAGUGGGUGCUGCAGAAUCACUGAGAGUCUGGAGUUGAUCAGAGUUUACAGCUAUCUGGUGAUCAGCAGAGAUGAGAUCAUGCUCUUCAUAGGCAGCCGCACACUCAGUGAAACCCUGGCAUUUGUCUGUGCAGAGAGCAUGAAUGGUCUUCCCUCUCCACUUACCAAUCCCUGUCCGUCCCCGCUGAGGGCAUGUUAUCUUCUUGCUAACACUGAGUUUACAGGAGUUUUGCAAGAUACUGACCCCUCACUGAACCUGUGACCUUUCUAACCUGGAGUGAUUGCCCAUAAACACCCAUGGACAUGUAUCAUCAAUCCCUUCCUCCUCACAGCAGGCUCUGGACACCACAUGAAGGAGGUCUGAGGAGGAAGCAUGUUCUGCUGAAGAUGGAAACUCAGCUAAUAACCUACAGCUGGUUUGGUUUUGUACAACUUCUGGUUACAGGGAGCAGUGUGAUAUGUGUUCCCCUUGGCAGCACUUUGUGGCUUAUAGGUGAUCAGGUUGCUUAAAACCGCAGUACAGUCCCAUCCUCUCCCAGCAGUCUGGUCAAUGGAGCAGGCAGACACUUCUCCAAUGAGUGAAAGACAAUGGAAUGUAGAUCAGAAACACAAGAGAUUCUGCAGAUGCUGGAACUCCAGAGCAACACAUACAAAAUGCUGGAGGAGCUCAACAGUUCAGACAGUGUCUACGGAGAGGAACAGACAGUCGUUUUGGGCCGAGAUUCUCCAUCAGGACCUGAAUCAUUGACUGUCUAUUCCUGUCUGACCUGCUGAGUUAUUCCAACAUUUUGUGUGUAAUGUAGAUCUGAACUGUGUCAGUGGAUGAUGUAAGCAGAGUGGGCUUACACAAUGUGGUGUAGUGGAUUAGUUUGGAGGCUGGAUCUAAUGAUACGGAGAGAGUAUAUGAUCCUAUGCUUGCAAAUAUUCUGUUGGUUAAACAAAUCUAAAAGACAAAUAGUGAUGGAGUGGUACAACACAGAGACAGGUCCUUUUGCCCAUCUGGGCCAAUCCCACUCCCACUUGCCCACAUUAAAUCUGUGUCUAUCUAGGCCCUGUUGUUUCAGUAUCGAAAUCUGGCCAGCAGCUGCAGAUAUCAACCAACAUCACUGCCUUUUACAAUAAUGUGUUUAUUGGGAUCUGGGUGGGAGCGACCAGGCUAACACUGCCACCUCAUUCAGUUCCAGCAGUGCCAGUUCCAGGGAUUAGAGCCAGUGACGACAGAGGACUUAAUAUUUUGGAUCAGACUGUAUGUGAUUUGGAGGGAAAUAUACAGGUGAUGAUGUGCCACUGGAUCGUAAAGACUUUUUCCUUGUGGAUGAGGAAGGUUGUUGGAGGCUGCAGUUGCAGUGGUCGAGGUGCGUAAUGAGUUUAUGUUGUAGAUACUUCACUCUGCUGUAAGUCAGGGAGACAAAACCAGUGGGACUGUUGUGAGAUUUCCUGUUUCUCACAGAGACUCCGCUGCAGGGAGCCACCCCACAGUGAGGGUGAAAAGGUGAUCAGAACAAAAAUUUCAGUCUGCCGCAUCAUCCAACAGCAGUUGAGGUACCAAUUCCAAUCCCUCCAAACAAGGGGGCUGAUAUCAAACCUGACUGGCCUAACUCUGCCAGGCAGGAAACAAGGAAAAGCCACUUUGCCCUCACCACACAACCUGUGAUAAGAAUGACCUGUACAUUGUCCUGCUUUCAAGAUUGUUUAAUGUAAUUUCUAGUACACAAGUGUAAAGGAGAAUGAAAUAAUUGUUUCUCCGGAUCUGAGGCAACACCAACACUAAGAUAAAGAACACAAUAAUAUAAAUACAUCAGAUAGCUUAUACAGUAUACAGAAAUUGAUUGUAUGUCCAUAAAGUGACACUAGGCACAGGAGUGUCUCUACAGAGAUGACUGACAGGAAAUGAUAAAAUAGUGGUGGUUGGGGUGGGGAGGAGUGGGUUAGUGGGUGAAGGUGUUGAUCAUCUUGACUGGGGAAAGUAACUGUUUUUGAAUCUGGUGGUCCACUUUUGAAACAAGGUCAGUCUCCAUACUGACGUUGAGCAUUAUUGUGGUAGAUGGACACCUGGGAGCUCAAGCAUCACGGCAUUAUGGAUCUGAGGAUCCACUACAUAAGGAAGGAUGGAAUGCUGCAGCUGUUGGAUUUAAAUCCAAGGCUGGUGGAUUACCAAAGGCAACUACAUGUAAUUGUACCUUUACACAAGGCAUGGAGCAUUGCUGUUUCUUUGUUUUUUUUACGAGGCCGAAUUGUUAGCUCAACACAGCACGGAUGGGAAGUGUACAAGGGAGCCAGCCAGAUUUGAACCCGGGACCUCUCCCAUUAGGGUUAAUCCAUGCACCACUGGCCGGCUUAGGUACACAUGGACCUGUCACGGUAAUGUAAAUAUCUAAUCAGGCAUUAGGGUUAGCAACUCAAUGCAUAAAAGCAUGCAGACAUGCUUUUGUAGUUGCUCAGAAUGUUAAGAAAUGUGAUCUAAGUGAGUUUGACUGUGAAAUGAUUGCUGGUGCCAGAUGGAGUAGUUUGAAUAUCGCAGAAACGCUGAUCUCCUGGGAUUUUCACACAUUAAUAUACAGAGAACAGAGCAAAAAAUCCAGUGAGUGACACUAUGUGGGAGAAAAUGUCUCACUAAUGAGAGGUCAGAGGGGAAUGGCUGGACUAGUUCAAGCUGAUAGAGUUACCACACAUUACAACAGUGUACCAAAGGGAUUGUAUAUAGUGUACUUUGCAAAUAAAAUUUACUUUGAACUUUGAAAUAAGGCUGUAAUCAGUAAAGAACAAUGCUAAUAUUAUCUUUGCACAGGAGACCCAUAUCAGGAGGGAGGAUAAUCAACGUUUUUUUAGGUUCUGGAAGGGUCAACAAUUUCAUUCGAAUUGUACCGCUAAAAUUAGGGGUGUGUCUAUUUUUAUAGAUCCCUCAAUAUCGUUUACCCAUCAUGAAAUUAUCUCUGACCCACAGGGUAGAUUUUUGUUGAUAACUGGCUUACUCUUCCAUCGGAAAGUUGUUCUAGUUAAUAUUUAUGCUCCAAACUUUGACUGCCCUGAAUUUUUUAAACGUUUAUUUACCUCUCUUCCUAAUCUAAAUGAAUAUAUGUUGAUAAUGGGUGGAGAUUUUAAUUGUUGUUUGAAUCCUUCGAUGGAUAGAUCUAAACCUAUUCGUACUCUUCCGAAUAGAUCAGCCCUACUUAUUAAUUCAUUUAUGGUUGACUCGGGAAUUACAGAAAUAUGGCGGUUUUUGAACCCUAAAGAUAAAGAAUUUUCAUUUUUUUCACAUGUAUAUCAUAGCUAUUCUAGAAUUGACUUUUCUUAUUGAUCAUCGGUUAUUAACGGAUGUUAUUGAUUGUAAAUAUGAUUCUAUUACUAUUUCGGAUCAUGCACCUUUGAAGUUAUCUAUUAAGAUUUCGGACUAUUCCAAUAAUACCAGAUCUUGGAGACUUAACGCUACUUUGCUUCAAGACCCAGAAUUUAUAACUUAUAUAAAACAGCAAAUUGACUUGUUCUUUUCUACAAACUGUACUGAAGAAAUCGACAGAGGAAUACUUUGGGACUCUUUUAAGGCUUUUAUUCGUGGUCAAAUUAUCUCAUAUUCUGCUGGUAAAAGAAAACAAAGAUAUUUAGAUAUUGCUUUAUUGGUGGAUAAAAUCAAGGAAAUUGAUAAGAUUUAUUCCGUGACUCCUACCAAAGAACUUUAUAAGAAGAGAGUUGAGCUUCAAAUGGAACAUAGUUUACUAUUAUCUUCUUCAAUUGAAAAUCAAUUAAUUAGGACCAGGGCUCAAUUUUAUAUUCAUAGUGACCGUACUGGUAAACUGUUAGCUAAUCAAUUAAAGGCUAUCUUGACUAAGCGACAAAUUAUUAAAAUUCGCAAAUCAGACGGUAAUCUAACUACUGAUCAUAAAGAAAUUAAUAAUACCUUUCAAGAUUUUUAUAAAUCUUUAUAUCAUUCAGAAUUUGAUGGUGACCAGUCCAUGAUAGAUAAUUUUUUUAACAAUUUGAAUAUUCCUAAACUGACUGAUGAAGACCAUAGCCUGUUAGAUGCUCCUAUUUCUAUGGUGGAAAUAGGAGAGGCUAUCUCAUCAAUGAAUUCAGGGAAAGCUCCUGGUCCUGAUGGUUAUAUAGUAGAAUUUUUUAAAACUUUUUCUUCUUUGCUUUCUCCUUGGUUAUGUGAAAUUUUUAAUGAUGCGUUUGCUAAGAAGAGAUUACCUCAAUCUUUUUAUGAAGCUAAUAUUUCUCUAAUUCUUAAAAAAGAUAAAGAUCCUACUUUAUGUACAUCUUAUCGCCCUAUAUCACUAUUAAAUGUAGAUUCUAAGAUUCUUACAAAAAUUUUAGCUAUUAGAUUAGAAAAAGUACUAUCUCAGAUUAUUUCAGAAGAUCAAACUGGUUUUAUGAGGAAUCGGUAUUCCUUUUUUAAUGUUAGAAAAUUGAUUAAUAUAAUUCAUACUUCACCACCCACAAUCCCAGAAUGUGUUAUUUCAUUAGAUGCUGAAAAAGCCUUUGAUAGAGUUGAAUGGAUAUAUUUAUUUAAUACAUUGAGAAAUUUUAAUUUUAGUCCUAACUUUAUAUCAUGGAUUAAAUUAAUAUAUCAUAAACCUGUCGCUUCUGUUUUUACAAAUAA